CGCUAUUGACAUACAAUGAAAAUCAAUAAUUGUUUAGUGAAUGAAAAGAAUGUAUUAUUUUUUCUGAACAAUCAAUUGAAGGGCUCUUAUCAGCAAUCGGUUUAUCAUUAAAGCCAUUAGCGAUAAGACAUUGCUUUGUUUGAGUGAUAUAUUGCCACAAACGCCGACACAACACACACUCAUUGACUGCCAUAUUAUUGCACUAAUUGUUUGUAUGAAACACUGAUUUGUGGCCCAAAUGUCAACGUAUAUCCAGAAGGGACUCAAUGCCCGCAAUCGGGGCACCAGUUUGGACGUCGAGAGGGAGAAACUCGAGAACUCACAGUCAGCCAGGCAACCAUGGCCCAAUGAGCCAGGUCACCACACCUCCCAUAUCCAGAAAGGACUCAAUGCCCGCAAUCGGGGCACCAGUUUGGACGUCGAGAGGGAGAAACUCGAGAACUCACAGUUGUCGAGUAUCUCGAAGGCGAUUAACAAUCAUGAGAGUCCUGUUAAGGAGAAACACAUGAGAACUAUCCUGAUGGGCACCUUCCAGAACAAGAACGCCCACCUAUUUUGGAGUGUUUCCCGUAAUCUACAGCUUCAGGAAAAUCCGAUCGUUUGCUGGAAAUUCUGUCACGUCUUACAUAAGCUGUUAAGAGAAGGCUAUCGAAAGACAAUUCCCGAUUCCUAUCCCUUCCGUCCAAUGCUAAUGGAUUUGGGAAAAAUGUGGGGACUCUUGAAGGAGGGCUACGGAAAGUUGAUUCAGAAUUACUGCACUUUACUCGUCAGAAAAAUUGAUUUUCACGCCAAUAACCAACGAUUUCCCGGAAAUUUAUUGGUUUCGGACGCAGAACUCGAAGCCAUCGGUGAAAAUGAUGUCAAUUUUUAUUUCGAGUUAUGCUGUCAAGUGUUUGACUAUAUGGACGAAAUAUUAUGUCUUCAGGCGAAUGUGUUUGGUUCUCUGGAUAUGAGUCGAUCCAAUUCGAUGACAAACGCCGGACAGUGCCGUUUGGCUCCACUUAUACCAUGUAUUCAAGAUUCGAGUCAAUUAUACGACUUCUCGGUUAAACUCCUAUUCAAACUACACUUCGGUUUUCUUAAGUCAUUCUACUUAAACUCCAAAAACCUGCAGUACUUUAAAAAUCUGAUUCAAGUGCCGCUUCUUCCGGAUGAUCCGCCGAAUUUUCUGAUCCAAUCGGACCUCAAUAGUCAUGUGACACCUAUUUGUGUCGUUCCACAAGAGCCCGAAUCACCAGAAGUGGACCAAAUUGACAUGAAUUUGGUUGACCUGUCAUUUGCCGAAGCUAAUGACAAGUCUGAAGAUUCCAACUCCAUUUGGUCUCUAAAUAAUGACCACAAAAAUGAUUCAUUUUCCACAAAAGCUAUCGAAGAAAAGGAUCGAAUUAUUCAACGACUAAUGUCUCGUAUUGAAGAGCUGGAGGUCGAGAUGCAACAGACGAGGGUUCAGGACGUACACAUGAUUGAGAACUUGAAGCGAUCCAUAGCUGAGUUGGAAUGCGCUAAAGCCCAGAGUCUGGAGAAGGAGAUCGAAGCACUCAAAGAACUCGAGAGACAAAAGGGUAGCAAUGAUUCGGAAACUGUGGCUAAAGUGGCCGAUAAAUACAACAAAAUGAAAGAUAUUUAUAACAAACUUCGAUCGGAACACAUUGAACUCCUGAGAAAUAAAGCAGAGAUCGAUAGACUACUAUUGGCCGCACAAACAGAACUUAGUGUCUCUCAAAACAUGAAAAUUACAAUGGAGGGACAGCUGAGGGAACAAAUGAGAAAAGAAGCCGAUUUUAAUUCAAUGAGUGCUGACUAUAAACAACUCAAACUCCGAAUUGAAGCCAAUGAUAAUCUAAUUAAGAAAUACACGCAAGAGAUUGAGGGCUAUAAGCGACAACUUGUGGAUCGGGAAUGGGAGCUGUUGGGACUCAUUAUAAACGGAUUGCAAAGAAUUGCACAAAAGACUAAGAAUGAAGGCGUUCAGAACAGCUCUGUUAUUGUCAACUGUUCUCCCGAAUACUUCUUCACUCAACUGAACGAAUUGAAUGUAAACUUGGAUUCAUUGGAGGAAUCGUCGAAACGAAUUGCAACGAAUCCAUCGAUCGAAGCACUCGUGACCGCAGUUUUGGAUUAUUUCGUGCAAUUGUGUUAUGCCGUCAAUUGUGGCAAAACCACGUAUUUGACUGUUCCUAACAUAGAUCGCGGACACGAACUUCUGAAUAACUGCAAAGAACUGGUGGAUUGGUCUCUGAAAAUGAGUCAAAAUAUUAAAAACAAGUUUCACGACUCAAAUACAUUCAUUUCAUUGAAAUCAUGUUUGAAUAAAUUGAUUGCAAUGAAUGUGUUAAUUAUUCCCGAAUUACUGGAUAAGAGCAAAGACUUGGAAAAGCAAUUAAUGGAUGAAAUGAGUGAAAUGGACAGAGCUAUCAAUGAUGCGGCCCUUAGGAUUGAGCAAAUAUUGGAAUUAGCGAAGAGAAAGGACACGGGAAUCAAACUGGAAGUGAACGGACAGAUUUUGGACGCCUGUACUCAUCUCAUGAAUGCAAUCAAACAACUCAUACACGACGCCAAAGAACUCCAGAAGGAGAUCGUAUCACAAGGAAGGGGCUCGUCAUCGAUGACGGAAUUCUAUCAAAGAAACCACAGAUGGACUGAAGGUUUGAUAUCCGCAGCCAAAGUAGUGGCCGCUGACGCCAAACUACUUGUCGAUUCGGCCGACAAAGUGAUCUUAGGGUCGGGAAAGUUUGAAGAACUCAUCGCCGCCUCGCAGGAGAUCGCGGGCGCCAGCGCUCAGUUGGUGGUGGCCUCCAGAGUGAAGGCCGAGCCCGCGAGCGUUAAGUUGAGUAAACUUUCCAAGUCGUCGAAAGUGGUGUCUGAGGCGACCGGCAAUGUGGUGGCCGUCACGAAGAAGUGCUCGCAACGGGUCGAAGACGCAGAUGACUUGGAUUUCUCUAAACUAACGUUACAUCAGGCGAAACGAUUGGGUAAACACUCGUGUUAUACAUGUCUGUGCCAGAUGGACAGUCAGGUGAAGGUUCUGGAGCUGGAGAACGCGUUAGAGAAGGAGCGCCUCAAGUUGGCUGCCCUUCGCAAACAGCACUACCAUUUGGCCGGUGCUUCGGCCGGUUGGUAGACAAUCAUCAGUCAAGUCAUGCAUCCAUUGUUAACACAUUUAGUCACAAGAAAUCAUAUUCUCUUAGAUUUUAUAUAUUGAGUCGACUUUUUAUCUACAAUUAUAUGCUUUUCGUCCGAU